AUGAAAGUGAACAAUAAAUCCAACUUACCAUCGUAUCCUUCAGAAUCAACCAAUCAAUUAAUAAAAUUGUUCAAUAACCGUGGUGAUUAUGAACGUGCAUUUAAUGUGUUUGAUAAUCUCGUUAAACAAAACAAUAUUACUAUUAUAUCAUUAUUAAAUAUUCUUAAUACAUGUGCUCGAUCAAGUAACAUUGAACGUGGUCGUCAAAUUGAAUCACUCAUCAAUCAAUCCAUAAAAUGGAAGAAUCAUCUACGUUUGCAUACAUCACUAAUUAAAAUGUACAUGAAAUUUCAAAUGAUAGAUGAAGCUGAAAGAAUUUUCGAAAGAAUUCGCCAAUCGUCCGAAUGUGAUGUUAUUGUUUAUAAUACUAUGCUGAAAGGUUAUCUUCAAAAUCAUAAAGCUGAACAUUGUUUUUCAUGUGUAGAUAAAAUGCGUGCAAAAAUCUCACCUGAUAAUAUUACUUAUAUUCUUUUACUUAACGCUUGUACGAUUUUACGUGAUGAAAAACGUGGUAAAGCUAUACAUGAUGAAUUAUUAUUGUCAUUGGAUAUUCAACAUGUUCAUUUACAGAAUGCACUAAUUGAUUUUUAUGGUAAAAUAAAUGAAAUAGCUAUUGCUGAAAAGAUUUUCAGUGAAAUGAAUUUACGUGAAACAAGUACAUAUAAUACUCUAAUGAAAGCAUAUCUUGUUAAUGAUAUGCCAAUUAAACUACUAGAAUUAUUUGAAGAAAUGAAACAAUCUAAUUUCGAUACAAUUGGACCGUUAGGUUUUAAACCGGAUUUAAUUACUUUCAUGGCUGUUUGUGAUGCAUGUGAAAAACUUGGCUUAUUAAAUAGCCCAGAUAGUUCAUAUGAACAAUACAAUUGGAAAACAAUUUUUUCAAAAAUUCCAAAGACAGCAAAAUAA